GUUACUCGUUGACAGUAGCUGCCAUCUUUGUUCUUCCCUUUUUCUUUAUAGAAGCUUACUUAAUUUACAGUGUUUAGUAUAUGUGCAUUAAAGGAUGUGAGAAAUAUGUAGAUGAAGACCCUAAUUGUUAUAAAUAUUGUUUAGUGUGAAAACUAUAUUAAGACAACAUUUUGUUAACUUAAAAGAUAUUAGUGGCGUCAAACUAUAGUGCGGAUUGAUUUCUAAGUAUUUGUGUUGUAUACUUUUUGUGACUGAAACGAAUUCAUUCUGAAUCGAAAGGAUUUGUAUAAAAACGUAUAUUCUAUUAUUUAACAAAUGAAUUAGUCAUAAAUAUAUUCUUCACUUGCAACAUGUUUUAAAGAAGCAGCUUUUAGGUUAUAAAAAUAAUAUAACUAUCAACCCUACAAUAUGGAAUCUUCUGACUUUAUAAGCACCAGCGAUAUGUCUACUACCAACAAUACCGAAAAUGAAACAAUACAAGAUAUGUCUGCAGUUCGGGCUCAUACGAACAUAAACGGUUCAACUUUGGGUAAUAUGGAAAUUCAAAUGGACAAUUAUGAUGAAGACCGUACGAAUAUUAAUAAUGCUAAUAAGUUUUGUUGGAAACGGCUAAGUAAUCCUUCUGGACCUCAGCCACGUCCAAGACAUGGACAUCGAGCCAUCAACAUAAAAGAAUUAAUGGUCGUGUUUGGUGGAGGGAAUGAAGGCAUUGUAGACGAACUUCAUGUUUAUAAUUCUGUUACCAAUCAAUGGUUUGUACCGGCAAUGCGUGGUGAAGUUCCACCAGGUUGUGCCGCAUAUGGUUUUGUUGUUGUGGGUACUCGUAUGUUUGUUUUUGGUGGCAUGAUUGAAUAUGGAAAAUAUUCUAAUGAACUUUAUGAGUUGCAAGCAACAAAAUGGGAAUGGCGUAAAAUGCAGCCUGAAUUGCCGGAUAACAUGCCAGCUCCAUGUCCACGUCUAGGCCACAGUUUCACCAUAGUAGGGGAUCGUAUAUUUCUUUUUGGCGGCUUAGCUAACGAAUCUGAUGAUCCUAAAAACAACAUACCUAAGUAUCUAAACGAUUUAUACAUUUUGGAAACCCGUGGAGUACACAGUCAUAACGGCAAAUGGAUUAUGCCAAAAACAUAUGGAGAAAGCCCACCUCCACGGGAGUCUCAUACUGGCGUAGCAUUUACAAGCAAAAAAUCCAAUAAACUACAUUUAUUGAUUUAUGGUGGAAUGAGUGGUUGUCGCCUAGGUGAUUUGUGGCUCUUGGAAGUUGAUUCUAUGACAUGGUCAAAGCCACGAACACGUGGUCCCGCACCGUUACCCAGAUCCUUACAUAGCGCCACAAUGAUUUGCAAUAAAAUGUAUGUUUUUGGGGGAUGGGUACCUUUACUUAUAAAUGAUUCUAAAUCAACAACCGAAAGAGAAUGGAAAUGCACAAAUACUCUCGCAGUUCUCAAUUUGGAUUCAAUGACUUGGGAAAAUGUAACUGUCGACUCGGUUGAUGAAGAUGUACCACGAGCUAGGGCUGGCCACUGUGCAGUAGGUAUUCAAAGCCGUCUGUAUGUGUGGUCUGGUCGUGAUGGGUAUCGUAAAGCAUGGAACAACCAGGUUAGGGUUUGCUGCAAAGAUCUGUGGUAUCUUGAGGUCACUAAACCACUUUAUGCCGUUAAAGUUGGUUUGGUGCGUGCUUCCACCCAUGCAUUGGAACUGUGUUGGACCGCUACUACUUUUGCUACAGCCUAUGAGUUACAAACACAAAAAAUCGAACCUGUAACUAUGGCUGCUAAAGUGGUAACACCUUCAUAUGCUCCUAGUGCUUGUGCUACGACAGUGCCCAGCAGUCAAAAUCCCGUUAAUGGAAUGACAACGUCAAUACAACCCUCACCAACAAUGUCAUCGAACAAGCAUCAGAAGAUUUAUAAUACAGCCCUACCCACUGUUACUUUGCAACAAUCUACUGUCAAAGUAUCUACCAAUGCUCUUAUACAGCAACAGGCGCAGCCACAAACGCAUCAGCCGCAGCAACAACCUCAUAUGCAGGGUUCAACUAUUUACAUAGCACAACAAGUUCAGCAAUCUCAACAAAUCAGUCAAAUCAAUGCAAAAAUUUUAGCUUCGUCUCCGAGCAUUGUAGAGAAUACUAUGCCGACGCCACGCAUAAUAAAUGCGGCAGCACCGGCAAUUGUAAAUUCCAGCACCCCUGUUAGCGGUAGUGGAGGGGUCAUAUCAGCAACUUUAGUAAAUGUGUCCCAACAACAACCAAGUGUAUCAAUGAUCAAUAAUAACAUAACAACCAUAUUGCAAAAAUACCGACCGAAUACGGUUGUAUCUCGAACUUCUGCUAUAACUGCACCAAUUGCCACAGGAUCGGCUGCAAUAUCGUGUACACAGGUGAAUGCUGGUACUAAUAGUUUACGUGUUGUAAGUGCUGCGUCUACUCCUGUAACAACAACAGCUCAGACGAAUACUGUUCGCAUUGUGUCAGGAAAUGCUGGUCAGACUUUACGUUUAGCUACUACACAAGCUUCAGGAAAUACAACUACCAUAUUGAAAACCGCUCAAAAUACGAGCGCUAACAUGACUGGACAGGUACAAAACACUGCUAUUGCUAAUUCAGGAACGUCCAUAGGUACUGCUACCACAAUUGGUGGCAAACAAUAUAUAUUGCAAAAGCCUUUAACAUUGGGAACAAAUGUACAGUUUCAGUUAGUAAAAACUAGCACAGGCGGAGUAGCCGUGCAAACCCUUCCGAAAAUUAAUUUGAAAAAUACUAACACCGCAGGCGCACCAACUGUAGGUACGCAACAGACAGCAACAGGACAAAUAGUGACAGCUUCACAAACAGUAGUUAGCAAUGUUGUUUCACAAACACAGCAACAGUUUAUUGCUACUGUUGGCGCUGGUACCAAUGCAAAUUGCAUAACAUCUAUAGCAACUAAUGUGUCCACCGGACAGCAAAAACCAAUAGUAUCUGGUAAUCUUGUUAAAUUGGUUUCCCCGCAUACCGUUAGUGGUGGUAAAUUAAUUAUGAAAAACUCAAAUAUACUACAAGUGGGGAAGGUAUCUUCAAAUGUUGCCGGCAAACCAGCAUUUGUUAUCACUAACAAACAGGGACAUCAGUUAACCAAUCAACAGAUCAUAAUUGUUACUACUGGUUCAGCUUUACGAACCAUAUCGACAUCAAAUGUGGUGUCUCAAGCAGGUGCAUGCAACAUUGUUUCAAUAGUAGGUUCUACAUCGACAACAGCUACAGCUGUAGCGCAUAGAAAUGUGGUAGCUACUCAGAGUGGUGUUAAAAUGAUACGUGGAGUUACAAGCACAACAGGACGCCCAAUUACUCUAACAUUGCCUUCAGCGACAACGCAAUUGUCUCAGCAACAUCUUACGGGUCAACAACAUCAGCAAAAAAUCAAUGUGCAGGCUGCAAAUAUACAUCAAAAAACAAUAACAUUGGGAGGUAAAGCAGUAACAGUUCAAAUGGCUGCAAAUCCCAAUAUAACUGGGCUAACCAAAACUGUUACGAUCGUUGGAUCAAGCUCAGGGCAUACUCAACCUCAGACCAUUGUUACAAGCGGUAUAGCUGGCAACACAGGAAGCAAAUUAGUCGUGUUACCCGCUAACACAACCAUAGCUAAUAAAGGAUUUGUUAAUAUUUUAAAUACAACUGGCGUAAAUAAUAGCGGAGGAAAUACUUUGCAACGUUCGAUUACAUUAGCAUCUAAAAAUAUAAUGGGGACAACAAAUUCACAAGUCGGUUUUGCGACACACAUCAAUAGUAAUGGGUCAAAUGAACCGACAGUUGCUAUAACAGCACUAACAGAUUCUAAUUACACUGAGGGUGAUACUAUGGACGAUAUAAUUGAACAAUUAGAUGGUGCAACAGACGUAUUUGGAAAAACCAUUGACACUAACUCCGAAGAUAUUGAUUGCGAGGCAGAAACUCUCGAGUUGAAUUAUAACCAAAACCAAGUAGUAGAAAUGUAUGAAGAUUUUGAAGAAGUCGGCAUUACCUCUUUAAAUGAAACAAGAGAUUCUACAAAUAUUCGUGUAAGCACGAGAAGGAAACCUGAGUUUGCAAUUGAAUGCAUGCGCGUCCCCAAUGCGGUAGUCAUCAACUCAGAAUCUCCCCACAUACAAACAGUAUAUACACAAAAAUGUUUAAGUAAAUAAAGGAAUAACUUCGGAAAGACCACUUGCAUUACAGAUAACAUUGAAUUUAAUGUUAUACUAACAUGAAUAUGCGUCAUCAUACCCAGCUAUAUAUAACUUAACUCAGCUAUUAAUGCAAUAUAAACAGGGCUGGGUCAACUUACCGUGCGUAAAUAGAUACAUAUGUAAAUUACGGAUAAUGUUUCAAAUGCACACGUUAAGAUAGUUUAUAAAAAUGCUUUUACUACUAUUAAUUUUCAGAUUAGACUCUUUGAUUCAUAAUAACAGUUUAUUUGCAUUUACAAUUUUAAUCUUUAAUUGGAAUUAAAUUCCCAUAAUUAUCUUUACAACUUUAUUUAAUAAAAAGAUGCAAGACAUUUAUAAUAUGUUUAUUUAUAUUUAAUUUGAAUGAAAAUGACAAAAUUACCAUAAAGCUUCAUUCCUGGUUUAAAGAUAUUCAGCAAUAAGCCGAAAUUUUUAUUUGUAGUUAAGAUUUUGAAAUUUAACAUAUACAUACAUAUAUAAUAACAAUGUGGAAAAAAUGUUGAACUCGGAAGUGUUUGGAAUUAUAGAUAACUAUUUUAUGUAGUAAUGCAAUUAUUUUUUUUACUUUGUGUUGAAAGUGUGUUUAUUAAAAAAAUAAAUAUCAAAAUUUACACAUUUAUGGAUAUAUUUACUAUUGUACAUUUAUACAAAAUAAACGGAGUAAUAUUUCCAUUA